AUGCUCCUCUACGCCCUUAUUGCAGGCCUGCUACCGGCUGCUCUGGCCGUUACCACGCCAUGUCUUCCCUCCGGCGAUGAGACGGCUAUCAACUCGGCGUUGACCAAGGGUGGGAAGGGCGCCACAGUGACUCUCUGCCCGGGCUCGGUACAUCGCCUGAACUCGACAAUCUACUUCACGGCUCCCCGCCAGACGCUCACGACGGAGGGUAACCCGACUGGGCGGGAUAGGGCGCUACUCGUCGUCGAGGGUCCAGACCAGGCUACUGCAGUCCAGGCGGACUGCAAGAAGUGCUCAGGUGCGGUCAUCAGAUCGCUCGAGGUGGAUGGGAACCGGCCGAACCUGCUUCGUGUGAAGCUGGGCGGAGCGCUGCUGGAACUCGGGAAUGCGGACGAUCAGAUGGUCCGAGAUUGUAGGCUGUACGAACCAAGAGGGUGGAGUGCUCUGCAUUUCCGGGAAGGGGACGAUAAGCAAUGUACAAGAGGGACUAUAUUGAAUAAUGAGAUCGGACCAUGUGGGGAGGAGUGGGAUGACGAUUAUGAUGGAGUAGUGGAGCUAGGGCUGGCGGCACCAUGGGGUUUCCCUCGGGCAGAUGGUAUCAGUCUGGCCUGCAAGGACUCCACUGUCAAACGCAAUAUCAUAUACGACGCUACAGACGGCGCUAUCGUCCUAUUCGGCUCCUCUGGGUCCAUCGUCUCACACAAUCAGAUCUUCUCCCGCACUCGUGUAAUAUUGGGCGGUAUCAACCUCGUCGACUAUCCCCCAUGGGAAGGCGACUACACCCGGGUCAUCGUCCAGCACAACACCCUUACCGCUCACGGCGGCUACAUCAAGGCCGGGAUCGUCAUCGGUACCGCGUCCUGGUCGGACGAUACCGAGACGACCGUCUACGGCGCCACAGUCACCGACAAUCAAUUCCGAGGCGGUCAUUUCGGGUACGGAUUGGUCGUUUCGUCCGCAAAAGACUUUACGGUGCUGCGGAAUACGGUCUCGGACGAUGCGGCGUUCAGUGGUGUGCCGGGACCGAAAUGUCCGAGGGCGCCGGGAAAUGGAAAACCGACGGCGUUCUUGAUCAAUAGAGGAAGCUCGGAGGGGGUGUAUCAGGACAACUUUGUCAAUGGCGAAGUGCAGUAUAUUAUCUGUAUCGACCCAGUGCCUGUCAGAGGUCAGCCGUAUAAGCCAUGGCGACUCCGUGACGCGCCUCAAGCAAUCGCGCUGAAACAGGCGUCAGACCCAAAAUCUCAAGCUAUUGUCAAUGCCCGAGUCGCAGACGCACUAGUCAAAUAUCAGUCGACCCUUCUCGCCCACCUCCAGCUACUCUCGGAUCGGCUCGACUCGGUCGACCCUUCCGCUCAAGUCGCACAUACCCCGCAGGCGCUUUCGGGAGAUCAGAUUGCAGUCAUCAUGAAGCGUAUAGAUGCGCUGGAGAAGGGGGAGAAGAAGGUCCGGGCCGAAGUCGAGGGAGUACGGGAGGACUGGGGGACCAUGUCGGAGGAAUGGAAACGAAGCUCGACUGAUCAGAAACCUAUACUUGAAUACAUCUUCCGCUCCGUUACUUCCCUAGACCACACAUCUGACAGUCAAUCACCCCGAGCGAACCUGGCCAAUUCGAUACAAAACGGCCUCGGAGGUCAGCUCUCGGGCACACUGGCGACGGUGGGCGCGUUCGGGGCGAUGGUGGUGGGUGCGUCAGUGCUGGUGCGGCGGUGGCGGGGGAGAAGGGACAAGGGAGCCAAGAUCCGCUGA